AUGAACUUACGCAUACCAAUCUGGUUUAUAACUCUGAUAAUCGCUGCGCUUAUGUCAGCCUUUGUAGUCUUUGACUUAGUGAGGCACAUGGAAGAAAACCAUGCCAUUACAACAGACAUGUUGUUCAAUAGGGGGGUAUAUGCAGAGCGCGAAAACUGCAUGUUGUUCUUAAACAAAGGGCAAAAUCCAAUUUAUGACAUAAAUAAGCAUGCCGUCCACGGAAACGCUUUGUGCUUUGUAGAAGACAUAUUAGAUCCUCUUUCAAAAGUGGAAUUAAAGAUACACUCGGAGAAAUUCGUUGCAAACGAAACAUCCGAAAUAGAGAUCAAGUACAAACUCCUGAACGGGAAAAGCGUGCGAAACGGCUUUGCCGGAUACAAGAAAAACUGUGUUUUUGACAAGGUAGACCCAAUUAUUGAGAAUUCUGCGGAAAUGUCCAGAUUUGCGUGUUCUACCGUAGAGCCAGCGUAUACGAGCAUCUAUGCGAAUAUAAUUGGAGACAGGAACUUCAUCGAGCGCAAGAGUGAGCUUUUGAAGGAUGAGAGUCUGAAAAAAGUCCUCUAUUUCGGGCGGCAGUCUUGCCUUUGGUCUGCCAAUUACUACUCAUCGCUAAAAGCCCUUUUAAACAAUGUUUUAAAUGGAAAUAACUAUUGCGAUAUAAUUACAGACUGUCGGCGGAUUCAGCUUCUUGGAGGAGUUGCAUUUGUGUAUGACGCCGUGAAAUUUAACACAUUCAGCACGAUAGAGCUGAUAAUUUCAAGGUACCAGCAGACGUUGAGGGCUUUUAAGAAUGAUGUGAUCCAAAAAGAUGAUUUGCAAAAGCUAGCAGCAAUCCAGCUUAGAUCAGAUGCAUACUCUCUGAUCGACUCUUUAAUUCUUCUAGACUCUAUUAUCGAGAGCAUAAAUGGAAUGUCCAAGGAACAUGCGGAAUUUGUUAAAGAAGGCAGCAUUUCGGCUGCAGUGGCAGGGAGCAGAGAAGUGCAUGCGCUUAACUUCUCCAUCAUGGACAGCCUAAAUAACAGCACCUUCAGCAAUGACAAUAUAUUCACAAAGCAGACGUUUACCUGGACAGAUUACGAGAACAUGGAUGUGAACGCGAUCGAAGCAUUAAGAAAUAAGAUAAAUACGGCUUGGGAAUCUCCGAUACCGAGCAUGAAAGAAGACUUGGAGGCGCUGAGGGAUCUUCUGAAAAUGUUAAAAACACGUUUGGGAACAGACCAGACCUCCAUAGUAGUGAAAGGAAUAUCUCUGGACAAGGUAAGUAAUGAUGAUGUGUGGGAUAGGGUAGACUCUGUUUAUAAUGCGAUUUCAUUGCUGAAACAUAACUAUGGUUUGGCUUCUAACGAAUUCGAAGAUAAGAUAAUGGAUUCCUGCAAAAACGGAACAUCUGACUGUUUACCGGAUGUGCAUGAGUACAAGUCGAUGCCAGAUGACCCAAUGAAAGGCAAGAUUACGCUAGAAAAUCACAGGAGUGCCUACGAAGAAGCCCUGGCACACAAUGAUUCUUCCCCGAUACCUGCAAGCAAUCCCGGCACAUCAUAA